CUCCCACCCCCACCCCCAACCUUUCCCAAUCCCUCCGGGCUCCGGCACCGCGAGACGUUUCGUUAACCUUUGACACGCAGCAGAGGCACCGCCGGUGCCCUCGCUGCCAAGCGCCCGCCCGCCCGUGAGGUCGGCGUGACGAGUGGCGAGAGGCGCCUCCUCCACCGCCCAUUGCGCGUUCAGCUCCGAGGCCUCCCGCCCGCCGCGGACUCGUCGCCGGCUCCUCCAGCCGCCGCGGGUGUCAUGAAAUAAUCCUGAUGUGCUCGAGUUGCAUCUUAACACCAUAAGAAGACUGAUUCAUCUGUUUCCAGAUCUACAGGAAAAAAAAGUCAAAAACUAGUGCCUUGCAAUAUAAGAAUGGUAAGGAGGGCGAUAGCUAUCCUAAGAUGAAACUGCGGUUGCAUCUAUUGGUCCUGUGCGUGAUUAUCGUGUUCCUGGUUUACAACAUGGCUAACUUUCAACAUAAGCAGACAUCGUUGGAAGCAAAAUCUCGACCAUUUGAUACAGUGACGGUGUUUGACAGAGCUGCUGUCAAGGUGUCUCAAAAAGCUGUUGCUAGGAUUGGAUAUUUGCCCCAUGGUAUAGUGGAGUCUAACUCCGACAUGGAGUUGAAGCCAUUGUGGCUGACGACAAGUGCAGAGUCACAGUUCCAGCAGAAGUCUAAACAGAACGACCAGUUUUUGAUUGCCAUUGCUGCUGGUAUAAAUCAGAAAAAAACUGUGGACGCUAUUAUAAAGAAGUUUCUUCCAGAAAAUUUUACAGCCAUGUUGUUCCAUUAUGAUGGGAAUGUCAACGGGUGGAAUGAUCUGCCGUGGAGCAAAAGUGUGAUACAUAUAGCUGCUUCUAACCAGACAAAAUGGUGGUUUGCAAAGAGGUUCCUCCAUCCUUCUGUUGUCUCCAUGUAUCAGUACAUCUUUCUUUGGGACGAAGAUCUGGAAGUAGAUAACUUUAACCCAAGAAGAUACUUAAAUAUAGUUAAAUCAGAAGGGCUGGAGAUAUCACAACCAGGUCUUGACUCUAAACUUUCUGAAAUUCAUCACCGGAUAACUGUUCGUAAAAGAACAGGGAGUUUUCAUAGAAGAGUUAGUCGGGCUAACAAAGAAUGUUCAAGAGAAGGACCGCCUUGUUCUGGAUGGGUUGAGGGCAUGGCGCCGGUUUUCUCAAAGUCUGCUUGGCAAUGUGUGUGGCAUCUUAUUCAGAAUGAUCUUAUCCAUGGAUGGGGCAUCGAUUACAAGUUUGGGUAUUGUGCUCAGGGUGACAGGACAAAGAACAUCGGAGUAGUUGAUAGUGAAUUUAUAGUUCAUCGAGGAGUGCAGACAUUAGGAGGUUCGACAACGACAAAGGAUGGCACUCGAGGCAAAAAAGCUCAGCAACUCCGUCAGAAAGAUGCUCAAGUGCAAAAGACAAGAGGGAGGGCAGCAGGCCUCGACAUGCGAACAAAGAUGUCAACUCAUCCCUCAGUCGGGAGAAAAUGCAGUUGGAAUCUGAAACCUCAGAGCUCCAGGAAAAAAAAACCCACUGCUACAGUGCCACUUCGCUUAUCCGGAGAAAAUCACGAUCUGAGCUUCGUGAUUUCCAGAAGCGCUGGGACCGGGCCGCAAGGGAAGACAGAACAUGGGUCGAUCCGUUUGCUCGCUCUCGAAGAAAACGGAGGAAUAGAAACCCACAGUAGAUUGGCAGUCUUCAUAGUUACACAAUAUCCCAUUUGGACCAUUGAUUGAGAAUGUAUACUUGCAUAAUUGAUGCUGUAUAAAAUUUAAAAAAAAUGAACGAACGGCACGGAUUGUGCCACUUUUCCCUC